CGCCUCCACAGGGAAAGAGAGGGUGAAAUUUGCUUAAAAUGCUGUAAAAACUAAUUAUAUUUAUCGGUGGUUGAAAACUUAAGAUUGGUAUAUUGUGACUCUGAGCAUUAUUAAUUCGUCAAUACUGUCCGGACGCGGAAACAGGGUCGCUCGCUCUUUCUCUCUCUCUCUCUCUCUCUCUUUCUCUUGUUGUGAGCUGAGCUUCACCACCGCCAGUACAGAUUACAGAUUGCAGAUUGAAGUGAGAGUGGGAAAGGGAGAGGGAGCUUCCUGCUUUCACUUAUAUAUUAUUAUGCCGCCUCCUUCUAGUUCUAGUUCUAGUUUUAGAGCAGGUCUCAACGGCGAGAUCGGACAUGGUCGUCCUCCGAUCGCUGCUCAGAGCCAGCAGCAGUAUUACCGGAGCUACUCGUCGUCGUCGGCGUCGCUGAAGGGAUGCUGCUGCUGCUUGUUUUUGCUGUUCGCGUUCCUAGCGUUGCUGGUACUGGCGGUGGUGCUCAUAGUAAUACUGGCGGUGAAGCCGAAGAAACCGCAGUUCGAUCUGCAGCAAGUGGCAGUGGUGUACAUGGGAAUCUCCAACCCUAGCGCUGUUUUGGAUCCAACCACGGCCUCCCUCUCCCUCACCAUCCGGAUGCUCUUCACUGCCGGCAACCCCAACAAGGUCGGAAUCAGGUACGGCGAGUCUAGCUUCACGGUGAUGUACAAAGGCAUGCCACUGGGGAGGGCGACGGUGCCCGGAUUCUACCAGGAUGCGCACAGUACGAGGAACGUGGAGGCCACCAUCUCCGUCGAUAGAGUCAAUCUUAUGCAAGCCCACGCCGCCGAUCUCGUCAGAGACGCUUCCUUGAACGACCGAGUGGACCUCACAGUCCGCGGAGACGUUGGCGCUAAGAUCCGAGUCAUGAAUUUCGAUUCACCGGGGGUUCAGGUAUCCGUGAACUGCGGGAUAGGCAUUAGUCCCAGAAAGCAAGCUCUCAUUUACAAACAAUGUGGCUUUGAUGGCCUCAGCGUUUAAUUCCAAACUGUAACAUAAUAUUAUAUAUAUAUUCCCACUGACCACUCCCAACCUGCGAGAGGAGCUGCAAAAAGAUUACAAGAUCCCAGCCAAACUGGUUAAGUAAAGAAAUGGGAACAAGAUCCAUCCUUCCCCUGCUUCGCUUCUUUGGGAAAUUUUGUUUGUACAAGCUAAAUUUGCAUUUCUUUACCAAAGUUACUAAAUCACUCAGUAAUUUACUCACGCUGCAAUCCCUUGGCCAAUCUAAGGAGCAUUUGUUUCUGUUGAUCAAUUAUAUAACUAUAUAUCAUAGUGUUGUGUGUGAUUUAUGUGAA